AUGAAAAAAUUAUCCAAAGCUUCUCCUAGCAGCUCUUCCUCUGUCCAAUCAAGUAGGAUUCCAAAUUCUCAAGUUCAUAAUUUUUUAUAUUUUUCAGAAUGCGUUUCCUUCUCCUGACGUCUCUUUUCGUUUCAACAGUCGCUUUCUCGGUCCUGAAGCUCGAAGUCGGGCAAGAAGAUCAGGAAGUUCCUCGUCGGCGGACUCACGCUCCACCUUGCUCUGCUGACAGCAAAGACGCUUCUCCUGAAGACCUCCAUCGACGUAGAACUCACGCUCCUUGUCGUUCUACAACUUCUAGAGCUGCCUCACCGACUACAGAGGCUCCAGAAGCCUCUAGCUCUUUUCCGUCGGAAGUUGAACUUCACCGUCGUCGAACUCGAAAGCCUCAUCCGACUGGAAACCCUCAAACCUCGACUUCAGGUGCAGAAAAUGAGAUUGAACGUCAUCGCCGCAGAACUCACGCUCCACCUUGUGCUUCUGGUAAUGCUGAGGUCAAUGUACAGGAGCUUCAUCGACGUCGAACUCGCGCUCCAUGUGUUCCUACGACUACUAGCGCUUCAACUUCAACUACAGAGACUUCAGAAAGUUCCAGCUCUUCUCCGUCGGAAGUUGAGCUUCACCGUCGCCAAACUCGGAAGCCUCAUCCGACUGGAAACCCUCAAACUUCGACUUCAGGUGCAGAAUAUGAGAUUGAACGUCAUCGCCGCAGAACUCACGCUCCACCUUGUGCUUCUGGUAAUGCUGAGGUCAAUGUACAGGAACUUCAUCGACGUCGAACUCAUGCUCCUUGUCUGUCCACAACUUCUAGAGCUGCCUUACCGACUACAGAGGCUCCAGAAGCUUCCACUUCAUCAGAAGUUGGGACUUCGGAAAGUUCCAUCUCUUCUCCGUCGGAAGUUGAGCUUCACAGUCGCCAAACUCGGAAGCCUCAUCCGACUGGAAACCCUCAAACUUCGACUGUAGACUCAGAAAAUAAAGUCGAGCUUCAACACCGCAGAGCACGCACUCCACUUUGCGCUUCUGAUAACGCCGGAAUUUCUUCCGAUGCUCAGGCCAAUGCAAAGGAGCUUCAUCGACGUCGAACUCAUGCUCCUUGCUUUCCUACGACUACUAGCGCUGCCUCUUCACCUACAGAGACUCCAGAAAUUCCCAGUUCUUCUCCUUCUGAGGUUGAGCUUCACCGUCGUCGAACCCGGAAGCCUCAUACGACGAUGCGUCCUGAAACAUCCUCCGCAGCAGAGUGA